GGCAAAAUCCAAACAUAAACGUGAACAGCUGGCUGGUCAUUGAACAAUGUUGUGUAACGUAGCGAUUGAAUAAGCAGCAUUGACAUCAGAAGACACACCACUGAACUUUGGUUUCCCGAAAUAAAUGAUUUGAAAGCUUUCAAGGGUUUGCCAGCGUCUCACCAUGGCAACGGAGGCUGACGGACAGCAGGGUCACCUGGCGAUGCCCAACCAGGAGGAGGCGGAGGAGGAGGAUGGCAGCGGUCAGCGGUCCAAUCCGCCAGAUGGGGCGGGGGAGGGCAACAGGAGAGGCCCUCUGGUUCAGAUUGACAGGCAGCAGAUCGAAUCAGUGGCAGCGAGUGCUCAGGGGGAGGAGCUUGAGGGCCUGGGCGUGGCCGUGUACGACCAGGAAGUGCUGGAGCAGGGGGUCAUGCAGCAGGUGGACCGCGCCAUUCAGCAGGCCAGUCAGGAGGCAGAGCGGGCCGACGCUCAGAAGGAGUAUGAGGCCGUGCUAGAUGAUGUCAGGUCCUGUGUGUCUGCCCUGAAGCAAAUUAAUAAGAUCCUAGAGCAGCUAACGCCUCACGCCGCCUCCAGCAAGGACAUCAGCCGCAAGAUGGAGUCAGUCCGCAGACAGAAGGAGAACAAGGAGAAGCAGUUGAAGAAGAUUCGUGCCAAACAGAAGCGUCUGCAGGCAGUGCUGGGGGGAGAGGAUGCCCAGAGACUGGAGGACCAGAUGUCCGAGGCAGAGGAGGAGCCUGGCCCGUCCACCUUGGGCAGCAUGCUGAUGCCGGCUCAGCAGUCGGACUGGGAGGAGCUUAUCCGUCAUGGGCACAUGACCCCGUUCGGCACGCGCAUCGCCCAGGCAACCCCCGAGAAGAAGCCCGCCCGUAAGCUCAUGCUGAGUGACGGUGGCGGCUUCGAGCUCUACCUCAGUGAGCAGGCGGAACUCGCCCAGAGCCGCAAGAAGAAGAAGCCGCCACUCACCAAGAACCAAUCCCCUGGUGGCAAUAAGUCCCGCCCCCCAGCAGCGGCGGACAGUCGUAAGCUGCAGAAGCGCAUGCGGCAACUCCAGCGGACAGCGCUCAGGGCACACCCUCAGGCGCGGGGCAGUGGGGAGAGGGCGCCACCUGGUGGCCGGAGACGUCAACAGCGGCGGCGUCACGGCUCGGACAGCGAGGGGGGGUCGGACAGCGAAGGGCCCCCCAGCGAGGAGCUGAUGGACCUUGAGGAGCCGGACCGAGAUGACGAGUUCUGGGUGGACGAGGAAGAGGAGUACCAGCUGAAGGCCGACAGGAGGAAGAGUGGAGCCGCAGUUAAAGGAGGCCACAGGAGGAAGAGGGAGGAAGAGGAGGAGGGGAGUGAUGAAGAGUAUAGACCCAGCGACUCCGAGGGAGAGGAGGAUUCUGGGAAGAAGGGGAAGGAGAAGAAAUUCAAAGACGAUGGUGACAUCAACUUCUACAGACAGAGAAUCAGGCGCUGGAAGAGAGAGAGGCUGCUGGAGAAGGAGAGGAAGAGAGAGGCAGGGGAGGAGGAGUCGGAUGACAGUGAUGCGGAGUUUGAUGAAGGAUUCAAGAUGCCCGGCUUCCUCUGGAAGAAGCUCUUCAAGUACCAGCAGACAGGUGUGCGUUGGCUGUGGGAGCUGCACAGCCAGCAGGCGGGGGGGAUUCUGGGAGAUGAGAUGGGUCUGGGCAAAACCAUCCAGGUCAUCGCCUUCCUUGCCGCUCUCAGCUACAGCAAGCUCCGCACACGCGGCUCAGGCUACCGGUACGCAGGCCUGGGUCCCACGGUGAUCGUGUGUCCGGCCACAGUGAUGCAUCAGUGGGUGAAGGAGUUCCACACCUGGUGGCCUCCAUUCAGAGUGGCGGUGCUGCACGAGACGGGGUCUUUCACCAGCAAGAAGGAGAAGCUGAUCCCUGAGAUUGUGUCGAGUCACGGCGUGCUGAUCACGUCCUACUCCAACGUGCGCAUCAUGCAGGAGGCUCUUCAGCGCCACGACUGGCACUACGUUGUCCUGGACGAGGGACACAAGAUACGCAACCCCAACGCCCACGUCACCACCGCAUGCAAACAGUUCCGGACGCCUCACCGUAUCAUCCUGUCCGGCUCUCCGAUGCAGAACAACCUGAAGGAGCUCUGGUCACUCUUCGACUUUGUGUUUCCAGGGAAACUGGGCACUCUUCCCACGUUCAUGGAGCAGUUCUCAGUGCCCAUCACCAUGGGGGGCUAUUCCAAUGCCUCACCUGUACAGGUCCAGACGGCGUACAAGUGUGCAUGUGUGUUAAGGGACUCCAUAAAUCCCUACCUUCUGCGUCGAAUGAAGGCAGACGUGAAGGCCAAUCUCUCACUGCCUGACAAAAAUGAACAGGUGCUGUUCUGCAGGCUGACAGAGGACCAGCGGGAGGUCUAUCAAGGCUUCCUGGACUCCAAGGAGGUCUACCAGAUCCUCAACGGAGACAUGCAGGUGUUUUCUGGGCUGAUCGCGCUGCGUAAGAUCUGUAAUCACCCGGACCUGUUCUCUGGGGGUCCGCGCCUCCUGCGGGGUGUGUGCGAGGAGGAGCUGACUCCAGAGGAGCGCUUCGGCUACUGGAGGCGCUCAGGCAAGCUGGUGGUGGUGGAGUCUCUGCUGCGCAUCUGGAGCAAACAGGGACACCGAGUGCUGCUCUUCACCCAGUCCAGACAGAUGCUGCAUAUUCUGGAGGUGUUUGUGCGUGAGAAGAACUACACGUUCCUGAAGAUGGAUGGAACAACCACUGUGGCCUCACGCCAACCUCUCAUCGCCAAGUUCAACGAGGACAAGUCCAUCUUUGUGUUCCUGCUGACGACCAGGGUGGGGGGUCUGGGGGUCAACCUGACGGGAGCCAACCGGGUCAUCAUCUACGACCCCGACUGGAACCCCAGCACAGACAUGCAGGCUCGUGAGCGCGCAUGGCGUAUAGGACAGACACAGCAGGUUACUGUGUACAGACUGCUCACUGCCGGAACCAUAGAGGAGAAGAUAUACCACAGGCAGAUCUUUAAGCAGUUCCUGACCAACCGCGUUCUGAAGGACCCAAAGCAGCGACGCUUCUUCAAGUCCAACGACAUCUACGAGCUGUUCACCCUCAGCAACCCGGACGGAGCCACUGGGACAGAGACCAGCGCCAUUUUUGCAGGCACUGGCUCAGACAUCCAGGCUCCCAAAAGACCAAAGGUCCCGCCCCCUUCCUCCUCGCGGACGCCGAAGUCUUCCUCAUCCUCCGCCUUCUGUGUCCAUGACGACGACGCUCCUCCCUCCUCCUCCCCCUCUGCCGCCGGCCGGCAGGGCAACCAGAACGCCAACAUUCCCAACGGAGCGCCCGGCACCACUGACACGUCCAACGGAGCGACCGGCAGCAGUCCGGUCGCCCUGCGGAACCCCAAGGGGUCAGUGGGCGGGUCAGAACAGAGUGACCUCACUGGCUCCGCCCAGAAGCGCCGCGAGAAACGGAAACACUGCCAACAGCAGGGGGCGCCGGACACACUCGGGGGGCAGCAGGAGGAGGAGGACAAACACAAACGUAAACAUAAACACAAACACAAACACAAGCCGGAGCGCGACGCACGGUUCGAGGGCGAACGCGUCUCCCACCUGGUGAAGAGGAGGACCUACCGCGGUCAGAACGAGGAGCAGGACGAGGCGCACAAGCAGAAGAGGAACGACGACUACGUACUGGCCAAGCUCUUCAAGAAGACCGGUAUCCACAGCGUGAUGAAGCAUGACUCCAUCAUGGAGGCGUCCAACCCUGACUACGUGCUGGUGGAGGCGGAGGCUGACCGCGUGGCCAAGGACGCUCUCCGCGCCCUCAAGGUCUCCCGGCAACACAUCCGCCUGCCCUUCUCCAAACCGCCCACGCCCGCCAAGAAGCGGUUUGGUGUGAAGAAGAAUUCACUGCUGUCUCAGCCUCAGACACAGGCCCCUCCACCACCGGAGAAGUGCAAGGACGCAGCCUUCAUUAAGAAGUCGGGCGUGAAGAGGCUCUCUGUGCCGGCGGCGACGUCUCUCUUCAGCGGCGAGUCGCUGGACGGCGAGGACACUCUCUCCUCGUCUGCACUGCUGGCCCGCAUGCGGGAACGCAACCACAUCAGCCGCCCCGUCGACCCGGCCGCCAAUCCCGGGCAGGAAGAGGAGGAGCUGGAACAGGAAGUGACCUCGGGGCCUCGGCCGGAAAGCACGGAGCACGACGAGCUGCUGUCGGAGCUGCUGGCGUUCGUGGCGUUCGGCGCGGCGGUGGACGGUCAGGCGGGGACGCGGGAGCUGCUUGACCGCUUCACGCCACGACUCACGGCCGCCCAGACGCCCGUAUUCCGCCAGCUGCUCCGCUGUCUCUGCACCUUCAGCAGGGAGGGGGAGGGGGGGGGCACCUGGAGACUCAAAGCCCCGUACCGCUGACACACACACACACACACACACACUCACACACAGGGCACCUGGAGACUCAAAGCCCCGUACCGCUGACACACACACACACACACACACUUAUAUACACACACACACACACAGGGCACCUGGAGACUCAAAGCCCCGUACCGCUGACACACACACACACACACUUAUAUACACACACACACACACACACAGGGCACCUGGAGACUCAAAGCCCCGUACCGCUGACACACACACACACACACACACACACUUAUUUACACACACACACACACACACACAGGGCACCUGGAGACUCAAAGCCCCGUACCGCUGACACACACACACACACACAGGGCACCUGGAGACUCAAAGCCCGGUACCACUGACACACACACACACACUUAUGUACACACACACACACACACACACAGGGCACCUGGAGACUCAAACCCCAGUACCGCAGACACACACACACACACACACACACUUAUACACACACACACACAGGGCACCUGGAGACUCAAAGCCCCGUACCGCUGACACACACACACACACACACACACACACACACAGACACACACACACACAGAGCUCCUGUAGACCCAAAGCCCCGUACCGCUGACACACACACACACACACACACACACAGGGCACCUGGAGACUCAAACCCCAGUACCGCUGACACACACAGCCACACACACACACACACACACACUUACACACUCUCACAUAUAUACAUACACACACACACACAUACAUAUACACACACACACCUGUCUUAAGACUGCUACUCAGGGGCUUCUAUCUGGGAUCUACUUGAAAUGAGCUGUGUUUUGUAUGUGUGUGUGUGUGUGUGUGUGUGUGUGUGUGUGUGUGUGUGUGUAUAUGUGAGAGUGUGUGGAAGGACCGCAGCCUCCAGACACCUCACUGAGCAUGCUCACACUGUGUCCUGUUCGGUCAUAACUCAAGCCCUCUGGACAGGGUGUGUGAUGUGAGGAUUGUGUGUGUGUGUGUGUCUGUGUAUAUGUGUGUGUGUGGACUCUGGCGACACAUAGUUGGACGCACCAAAUUCCCAACGGCGUUCCCAACGGCAUUUCCAGAAGUAUUCCCAAAUGGCGUCCUAGAGGCAAUCCCACAUAUUUCAAACACUCCACGUGUGGGGUCGGGGGAUUCCCUGCUCUGAAGUGCCCAAGUGUGUGUGUGUGUGUGUGUGUGUGUGUGUGUGUGUGUGUGUGUGUGUGUGUGUGUGUGUAUGGGGACCUGUGAACACACUGAUCUACCUCUGCCUGCUGCCAGCACUGACGCCUCACUCCAACACACACACGCACACACGCGUGCGCGCCAUGCAGGGCAGAUGGCUGUGUAGUAUUGACGAUUAAAGCAACUUUGUAGAGUUA